GUUCAGGAGAAGCGCCACGUAGACUCUAGCCCGACGAAGGAGAUGGUCGAGCUGCACGCCACCAGUCUUCAGAUUGGGAACGAUUUGUACCGCGCACGCCUUGAGCUCAAGAUUGCACAGCUGGAGCUGAACGGCACGAGGGGGGCGCGCGCGCGAAAGGGUAUGCAGCUCGAGCAGGCCACGCAGCUAGAGCUGAACGCCAUGAAGCAAGAGUACGCGCUUAGGUGCAUGCGUAUAAGAAGGCGUCAGGCUGUGUGCAAACAUUGCGGGGAAGCCCUCGACAACCCGUGCGAGGACAUGCAGGAGUACGCCGCUGAGAUCGAUAAACCGCGCAAGGAGUGCACGGAGCAAGAUGGGCAGAUC